AAUAUCCGGAGACGUCAUUAUUAGUAAAAAAAAUCCAAGUGACCUUCAAAUAUUUCCAAAUAUCAACUAUUUCGAGAUUAACAAAAAAAAAUGUUAUCAUUUUGUUCAGUGACAUUCUAUUAUAUUCAGCGGUUAUUAACCGAGUCAGGGGCCAAGACAUUUGAACCGAUUACAGUGUUGAUGACAUACAAACAUCGCUUUAAUUAUAAUCCAAAUGUUCCCUACUAUGAGAGCCAAUCAUAACAAGAGAGAUACUAUAAUUAUGAUGGGUAUUUAAUUUCUUCAACUGCAGAUGAUAGUUUGAAUGUCGUUCUUUACAGUAGUGAAUUUUGUGCAUUUCCAAUAUUAAGUGGGAAUUUCAAAGUUGUUUUGAUAAAAGAAAAUUCAAUCAAAAUGAAAAUUUUUAUUAGCAUAUUUAUUUUUGCUUUUAGUGCCUGUUUGUUGAAGUUUAGUGUUUCGAAAAGUAUCUAUGCAAUUAAUCACGAACCUGGAGUUAUUCUAUUAAAUGUUUCUGCAAUUGCACUUAGACAAAAGUGCAAAUUAAAGGGAGGUGAAGUUAAUGAAAAUUUUGAAAAAUUUAUGAAUUCAUAUCUUUCACGAACAACUGAUAUUCACAAUGAAAUUCCUGGCAAAAUGAAAAAAGGAAAUCGAACAAAAGAUUAUGAUAAUGCAUUUCAUGAUUUUUACUAUAUGGAUCCAAAUUUAAGACAAGUUAUGAAAAAAUUGACCGACGUAGUUUUAUUAUGUUUAGAUGAAGAAGAUAUUGCUGAAGAAAGUAAACAGAUAAUGAUAAAUACUGCUUUGGAAAAAGUUAGCGUUGCUGGAAAGUAUGAUGGUGAUUGUUUCGAUGAUGCAGGAUGGACAGCAUUUAGACUCUGCACAACAACCUCUGACCCCAAGGGCUCGACUUUUAUUCCACUUCCGCUUAUUUACAGUCACGAGGAGUGCAUUAACAUAUUUAAAACGCAAGAGUGUUACAUAAAUUUAGUUAAAAAUUGCAAAGAAUCAACGAGAACAGCAAUGCAUACAACAGUUAAUGGAAUGAGGGAAUACAUAAGAUGUGAUGGAUUUUCACAUCUCACACAAUCAGCAAUAAUUACUGAGGGACAAUAAAUUGCAAUAUUAUAAUUUAUUUGAUUUUCAUUCAAAUAGAAACAAGAGUAUUUGAAAUUUUUAAUUUCAAUUUUCACAAGAGAAUAACAUUUUACAAAAGAAGAAAUUAUUCGUUAUUUUUAAACUCAUCCAUAUCGUUAAUUUUUUUCUUCAUAUUUAACAUAUUUCAAACAUAGAUUAAGGUAUAUAUUUAUAAAUUUCGAUUCAUUUUAUUGGUUUAACAAAGUUUUUCCAAUUGUAAAUUAAUAUUUCCUCGACAGAACUAAAUGUCUGGAUAAUAUUUCGCAGAUAUUGUUUUGUAUUUAUUAUUUAAUAUCUGUAUAUCCCAAACUAUUAAUAAACAAUAAAAUAAAAAUAA